ACCGUUCCCUACACCCGUUGGCAUUUUCCAUGGCCCCCACUCUCUUUACUGAAAAUGAAAUAUGCUCAUCGAUACCUUCCUUCAAAAUAUCGGGUCUUUUCUUCUUCAACUUGUCCUCUUCACAUAUAUACAAUCCAGAAACCGUAAUUCCAGUCUUGCCCCUCUCUUUGAUAUAAUUCCUAUAUACGAAGAAAUUUAAUUUAGAGAUACUUGAAAAAGAUGCCAGCUUGGUGGAGGAAAAGAUCUAGCAGAAGCAAAGAUUCGGUAAGCGAGAAUGGUAAUUCUCCGAGAAAUUCGGCAAUCGAGAAUGGAAAGAAGACAGGGAAAGAAAAUAAAGACAAUAAAGCCAAGAGCUUUGAUGAGGUUUCUGGAAUUGUUUUGCGACCGAAACAAUCGAAAAUUUCGCCAAGAAAUAGCAGAGAUUAUGCUGCUAUAGGAAGAGAAGAAGGAGGGUCCUCGGGAUUUGGUUCAGCAUCUUCUUUAGGUACAGGGCACCCCCUGCCAAGGCCUCGUGAAUCAUCAACUGAUCAUGUUCAGAUACACGGAAUUGGGGUACGAUCUGGCUCGGGUUCUGUUUCCAGUGUCGACUCAUCCGGGUCAACCGAUGAUCAUGCCCAUGUUGUUUUUGAUCAAGUUGCUUUCAGAGGAAAUGGAGAGAACAGAUUGAGUCCACAGAUGCGGAGCCCAGGUCGAGGAUUGAGGGGAAUUUCCACUACCACCUCCACUCUCCAUCCACGAUUUAGCUUGGAUUCCCCAACCGGGAAAAUGGAAGAUGGAAAAAGUGAAUUUCAUAGGCUGCCCCUUCCACCUGGCUCCCCAACCAGCCCUUCUGCCUUGCCAAUGCCAAGAAGUCCUGGGAGAGCUGAGAGCUCAUGUAUUAUUUCUUCAAAAUGGAGGAAAGGGAGGCUUCUAGGAAGAGGCACCUUUGGUCAUGUUUACCUUGGAUUUAACUGUGAAAAUGGACAAAUGUGUGCAAUAAAGGAAGUCAGGGUUGUUUCUGAUGAUCAGUCAUCAAAAGAAUGUCUGAAGCAGUUGAAUCAGGAGAUUACCUUGCUUAGUCAGCUUUCACAUGUGAACAUUGUUCAGUACUAUGGAAGUGACUUGAGCGAAGAAACAUUGUCAGUUUAUUUGGAGUACGUUUCUGGAGGUUCCAUUCACAAAUUACUGCAAGAAUAUGGGCCCUUUGGGGAGCCUGUAAUACAAAAUUAUACUAGACAGAUUCUCUCAGGACUCGCUUACUUGCAUGGAAGAAAUACAGUCCACAGAGAUAUCAAAGGAGCAAACAUAUUGGUAGAUCCCAAUGGUGAAAUCAAACUUGCUGAUUUUGGCAUGGCAAAACAUAUAACAUCCUGUUAUUCAAUGCUAUCUUUCAAAGGAAGUCCUUAUUGGAUGGCACCGGAGGUUGUGAUGAAUACAAAUGGUUACAGCCUUGCGGUGGAUAUCUGGAGCUUAGGUUGCACAAUUCUCGAAAUGGCUACGUCAAAACCACCAUGGAGUCAAUAUGAAGGGGUUGCUGCAAUAUUUAAAAUUGGAAACAGCAAGGAUAUGCCAGAGAUUCCAGAUCACCUAUCUAAUGAUGCAAAAAGUUUCAUAAGGCUAUGCUUGCAGAGGGAACCAUCUGCAAGGCCCACAGCUUCACAACUACUGGGUCAUCCUUUUGUUAGAAAUCAAACUACAAUAAAAGCCACCAGUGCCAAUAUAACCAGAGAAGCAUUUCCUCGUGCCUUUGAUGGGAGCCGCACUCCGACUGCUCUGGAGAUGCAGUCCAGCAGAUUGAAUAACUUUUCUUUUGAUCGAGAUGAUGCAUCAAGAUUGUCUGUACCCCGGACAUUUUUAAGCCCAAGAGAAAGUGCGAGUACUAUAGCAUCAUUGCCUGUAUCUCCCUCCUCAAGCCCAUUACGACAUUAUGGACCAGCACACAAAAGCUGUUUCAUUUCUCCUCCACCCUCUUCAUAUCCUUUUGUGGGUCAAAGUAGCAGUAAUUAUGGCGACCACUUGAUAUUUCCAUUGAGGCCGACCAUGAGAAAUACACUUGAUCCCGGGCUUGAAAUACCUCAAUUUAAAUCUCAAGUACCUGUUAGAUCCCCUGCGAGAACCAUUCUGUAGAAGUCCCAAACGUGCCAAAGAGUCCUGAUCCCAAGAUAUCCAUGUGCAGAGGAAUCAUCCAAAAUUUCCCCACCAUGCCUAUUAUGCAGCAGAAGAUUUGCCCAUGAAUUAUAAGCUAUGAUUUGGCUGAAUUGCAAUGAUGAUAUGUAAUUUGAGAGGUGCUUCUUUCUCUGCUGCUGCAUACAAGAUGGGAAUUAAUUGUGAGGUAGGCCAAGUUCCAUUUUCACAAAUUGCCAUAAUCUGUAAUUACCCCCUCUUGAUGUUAUUGUAAAUAGAGAUGGCCAAAUUAUAGAGAGCAAGCUUCUUGUAUGGUUGUUAAAUGAUUGGUGCAGAUGAAAAUAUAUCCUGAAGAAGUGUUGUUCUAUCAAAUUACUUUAAGAGUUGGUCUAUUUAAAUCUA